AUGGCAAAUAAAUUCGAUGCUGCUGCAUAUAAUUUUCGUAAAAAAUGUCCCUUUAUAAACAAGGAACUUCUAAACUGGUUCCCUGGCCACAUGAACAAGGGCCUAAAACAAAUGCAACGUAAAUUAAAAAGCGUGGAUUGUCUGAUCGAAGUUCACGACGCAAGAAUACCUUUCACAGGUCGAAAUCCAGUAUUUACUUCGACACUGAUUGGCACAAAACCUCACAUACUAGUCCUGAAUAAAAAAGAUUUGACAAUACCGUCCUUAAUUCCUCGAAUAAAGGACCAAUUGUUGGCAGAACAGAAAGUCAGUAACAUAGUGUUUACAAACUGUAAAGAUCAAAGCUGUCGAGGGCUUAAGUCGCUUAAGCCGCUUAUGGUGGGCUUAAUCAAAGACUCCAAUAGGUAUAAUAGAAGUGAGGAGCAGGAUUAUAAUGUCAUGAUAAUGGGUGUUCCAAAUGUAGGAAAGUCUUCAUUAAUAAAUAUGCUUAGGUCGAAUAAUAUAGGUGUUAAACACGCUUUGCCGACUGGAGCUAUUGCAGGCAUCACAAGAAGUGUUAUGACAAAGAUUAGAAUCAAUAAUGAUCCACUUAUUUUUAUGUUUGAUACACCUGGUAUCCUUGAACCCUCAGUCACGAAUGUCGAGAUGGGACUAAAGUUGGCCCUCUGUGCAUCGUUGCAAGACCACUUGGUGGGUGAAGAAGCCAUUGCAGAUUACCUACUCUACUGGCUGAACAGUCAUGGCAAGUUCCAAUACGUGGACUAUAUGGGUUUGAAAGAGCCUUGCGAUGAUAUUAAUAAGGUACUCAUCGCAGGGGCAUUGAAAUUUAAUCGAAUACGGAAAGUUCGGGACUAUGAUAACAGAGUCCGCGACGUACCAGACCUGCUUGAAGUCGCACGGACUAUGAUCAAAGCAUUCAGGACAGGGGAACUUGGGAAAAUGUUUCUGGAUGUUGAACUGCUGAACGAGAAGUAUCAGAGGCAGAGCAGUACUGAGCCUAAAGCCGAGAAAAUAUUAGCUUAA